AUGAAGGGUGUUGUUGAUGUUGUUGUCUCUCCAGGAAUACUAGUAGAGGAGGAGGAGUGUGCUUCAGCUACAUUCAAUUUUGUAUUGAUUGUGCCUUUGAAUUUUGAUCAUUUCAACAGAGAAGGUGUCUUGCUUUUGCGUGGACUGGAUUCGAGGCUGACAAAGGAUCUCUCUCCUGAUCUUCAGAAGCUCCGAUGUAAGGUUGCUUUUCAUGCAUUAAGGUUUGCAAAGCCUGUUCAGGAACUUGGUGACAACAUUGCUGAGAGAAUGAAAAGCAAGGGACCUUACCUUGCUCUUCAUCUACGGAUGGAAAAGGAUGUGUGGGUAAGAACUGGUUGUCUACCUGGUUUGAGUCCUGAGUAUGAUGAGAUGGUAAACAAAGAGAGGCUACAUCGACCUGAGCUCUUAACGGCGAAAUCAAACAUGACAUACCAUGAAAGGAGGCUGGCUGGCCUCUGCCCCUUGAAUGCUGUGGAGGUUACCAGGCUGCUUAAAGCUCUGGGAGCUCCAAAAAAUGCAAGAAUUUAUUGGGCUGGAGGACAACCACUAGGUGGAAAAGAGGCCUUGCAACCAUUAAUCAACGAGUUUCCAUAUCUUUACCGUAAGGAAGAUAUUGCCUUACCUGGAGAACUAGAACCAUUCGCAAAUAAAGCUUCCCUAAUGGCUGCCAUCGAUUACAUAGUCUCCGAGAAGAGUGAUGUUUUCAUGCCAUCUCAUGGAGGAAAUAUGGGCCAUGCAAUUCAGGGUCACCGGGCCUAUGCAGGACACAAGAAAUAUAUAACACCAAACAAAAGACAGAUGCUACCCUAUUUUCUGAACUCUUCCCUCCCUGAAGAAGAGUUCAACAGCAUUGUCAAGGAAUUGCAUCAGGAAUCAUUAGGUCAGCCAGAACUGAGGACUAGCAAGGCUAGAAGAGAUGUCACCAAGUAUCCUGUUCCUGAGUGCAUGUGCAAUGACAAAUAA